UGACGCGACAACCUGUCCAAUUCUCACUCCUCCUCCAUCCGUUUCCUAGGUCAACCUGCUGGACCGCCCUCUUCCCCACAGUACUUCAUUCUAUCUGCGAUACAAAGAAACCCCAGCAACACCAUGGCCAACUAUCUCGCGUCCAUCUUCGGCACGGAGCAGGACAAGGUCAACUGCUCGUUCUACUACAAGAUCGGAGCCUGUCGCCACGGUGAUCGGUGCUCGCGCAAACAUGUCAAGCCCUCGUAUUCGCAGACGAUCCUCAUGCCCAACAUGUACCAGAACCCGGCGUACGACCCAAAGAGCAAGAUGAACCCGAGCCAGCUGCAGAACCACUUCGACGCCUUCUACGAGGACGUCUGGUGCGAGAUGUGCAAGUAUGGCGAGCUGGAGGAACUGGUGGUGUGCGAUAAUAAUAAUGACCAUCUAAUCGGCAACGUCUACGCCCGCUUCAAAUACGAAGAAGACGCGCAAGCCGCCUGCGACGCGCUCAAUUCCAGAUGGUACGCCGCGCGUCCCAUAUACUGCGAGCUAUCACCGGUGACGGACUUCCGGGAGGCGUGUUGUCGGUUAAAUUCCGGCGAGGGAUGCGUGCGCGGCGGGUUCUGCAAUUUCAUCCACAGGAAGGAUCCGAGCCCGGAACUGGACCGGGAGAUGCGGUUGAGCACGAAGAAGUGGCUGAAGGACCGUGGGCGUGAUGCGCGCAGUGUGAGCCGGAGUCCGAGCCCGGAGCCUACCCGGCGGAGAUGAUUGGUUGGUUUGGUUUGAUUUGUUGCGACAAAUGGCGUUGGUGAUUUCAUAUCCUUGCUUUUUUGAGGGUUGUUAUUGUUAUUGUACUCCGUGUGAUAUCAGAAGGUUGUUAAUGAUAUACCGUGAAGUAGAUUACUCUUGAACGGGCGAUUGCUAGUAAGGCACGCCGAGCUUGCUGCAGUGGAAGAGACAGUUGAUAUACUGUUACAGGACCAGUGCUCAAUCAGGGAGUUGUCCUAGGUAAAUUAGACGAUCUACCGGCAAGUUCUUACUAC